AUGGCGGUUAACUUCGCCUCAAAGGUCCUUCAAAAGAAAAAUAUUGAUAUAAGUGAAUCUGUGACUGUUUUAGAACAAGUAGAAAAGAACCUUACUGAAUUAAGAUCUUCUUAUGGAAUGUUAAUGAUUGAAGCUACGGAGCUCGCUAACAAAUGGAAUAUUCAACCGGAACCGGAAUUCAAAAACGCCAACCUAAAGUUAAAAAACACUUUGACGAACGAAUGUCGGACAUCGGCAGAGGGAGUGACGUCACCGCCCCACUCCAGGGAGACAGCGCCGCGGCGCGGUGACGUCACGGCCCGCGCCGUCGCGAGGAUCGAUCCGGGAGGCGCGUGCCAGCCUCCGGGCUGUAAGGGAGCUCAGAAUGCCGGGUAG